AUCCCUAAGAAAAGGCGGGAGCUGUUUCUAGUGGCGUUGGUAUUACAGCCGGCUUGCUUCUCACAUUAGUUUUGUUUUAAUAGUCAUUCCAAAUUUAUUUGUGUUGCUGCGCACAUAGCAGUAUAGUUUAGUUAGUGCUCUAUACAUACACACACACAUUUUCACAAAAUGACUGCUACGCCCGCGCAGUUCGAGAUUUUAGCAACUGCUGUAAAUAUGCUGGAAUGGCACGAUAAUCUGGACAGACAGAAGCCUGGUUUAUUAGAAUUAACAGGUGUCAGCCAGCAUGGCAGAGCCACGAUGAGUGGACUAAAUGAUUACGAUUACCAAAGUCUUGCAUACUUGAAAUUGGAUAAUGCACAUAACCUUAAACAAUUGCGAACUGUCACAAAAUCUGCGAUACCAAAUGAAAUUCUGGAGCACUUUAAGCAUGUAAAAUGUCAUUGCAACAUGGGCUUGUUCCCUGAAAUUGGCCGCGCCUGGUUAACCAUUGAUUCCGAGAUUUACAUAUGGACAUAUAAUCAAACGCGCGAUGUUGCAUACUAUGAUGGCUUAAGCCAUUUGAUUGUGAGCGUUGGACUGGUAAAGCCCAAACCAGACGUCUUUGUGAAAGAUGUUAUGUAUCUUUUAGUUUUGACGACACCCAUAGAAAUAAUUGUGUUGGGUGUAACAUUUGGGGAGAAUUCGCACAAUGAAAUGCAACUAAUGAACAGGCCAAUAUUUGUGAUUGGAACUGACAAUGUGUCAAUCAGCGUCAUAAAAGGAACGGACGAUGGACGCAUUUUUUUAGGCGGUCGUGAUGGUUGCUUAUAUGAGGUGUUCUAUCAGGCUGAAUCUAGCUGGUUUGGAAAACGAUGCAAGAAAAUAAACCAUUCCCAAAAUCUGGUAUCCUACAUGGUUCCCAAUUUCCUCAAAGUAUUUUCGGAAGUGGAUCCCAUUCAGCGAAUAGCCAUCGACAAUAGUCGCAGACUGCUGUAUGUUCUAACGGAGCACGGAUCUAUUGAGGCUUGGGAUAUCGGAACGAACUAUUCAAAUGUGCGAAGGCUGUCCAGGAUCACCCAAAAUGAAAUUACCAACAGAGCAGUUGGCUUGAUUACGACUGUUGACCCAUCUAUUUUCAAAUCUGUUAAAGCUAUUUGUCCCCUUAUCGAAGAUGAAUCAAGCAAGCUACACCUUGUCGCUGUUACACAGUGCGGCGUACGUCUGUAUUUCUCCACCACAUCGCUGAAUAUGUCGCAACAGACCCCGAACGCAACAACACCCAGCCCGCAAGCCGAAUAUUGCGGUCAGACACCACUAUCUGGGCAAACGGAAGCGUCAAAGGGUCUAUACUUACUACAUGUUCGACUGCCCCCGGGUUACACACCAAACGCAACCACCAACAAGCCCAAGGAGGUACAUGCAGCACACUGCUCGGACGAAACAAUGUUGAUGAUUACUACGCAACAACAAGAUCAGGAUCUAUUGUGGUCGGUUACCUCUGUUCCGUCAGCAAAUCAUACGUAUCUCGUGGAAUCAACAGCUCUGGAAAGCUUAGAUGGCAUUGUGUGGGGCUUAGCUGAGGUACAUGAUCCCUGUAAGCCUCUCCUCAAUUCCCCUUUAUACAAGGCACGCAACCCCCGCCGAAUCGCUUUGCUAACAAACCAAGGUACUCACAUUAUAGAGUUGCUAAAGUCGGCAGACAUCCUGCUGCAGAUCUUACAAGCGUGCAAUGGACCGCAUCAUGAGGAAGUUAAAAUGUUUUUCCAAUCACAAGAUAAACGCGAGGCCUGCGCUACGUGUUUGUUGCUAGCUACUUCUGAAAAAUAUCGCGGUAGCGAUGUAGCGCUGUUGGCCACCCAGGCUUUUAUGUUAUACGGCGGAGAACCUUGCUUUCAAAAUCAAAAGUUUUUGAAUGCCAGUAAGCGUCACCUACCCAAUCAAACAUUGCCUGCGAAUUCAGUGACAAUGACAGAGCGUCAUCCCAUGUUCAUGUCUACACCAAUGCCAAAUAAACCAGCUCUCUCUUCACCGCAAUACUCUGGAUUUCAAUACGGUCAGCCUACUAGUUCACCUGGAAUGUUGCAGUCACCCCAGGCACUUGGUCCAGAAAAUGCGGCGUUAGUUUUUUCAUCAAAACAUGACGGACUUUAUCUAUUUGUUUCUCGGAUGUUGCGUUCUAUUUGGCAAUUAAAUUGUGUCGAUGCUAAUUUUUGUACCAAAUUGGGUCCAAGCGAUUGUGCUUCCCUAUUGUCCGAUUUACGUUCGUUGCGUAGUUUUCUCGAAGUGAAUUCUGUGCAUGAUAUUUCCUCCUCUACCCGAGUGCCAUUUGACAGUCAAUUGGACAGAACGAAUGGAUACAGCACAAUAAUGAUGUCCAACAGCCAUUUGCCCAUGUCCGACCAACGAAAUAUGACGGAGCAGGCUCAGGUGGAGGAGAAGCGGUCUCUUUCAGCAUUGAACCUGUUUGUCAAGCAUGCCUGUGAAGUGGUAUCCCUGUGGAGCAUUUUGAAUUCGCAUUCAUUUCAACACCUUUGUCUCCAGCUUAGUCCCGAGAAUCAGAAGAAGUUAAGGGGCUCCACGUUUCGAGACUUGAUGCUUACACGAUCCGAGGUGUGCGCAUUUUUAAUAAUUUCGCUUAUCAAUCUGUACCUCAAGGAUAAAACUGGUGUGUCGGAAGUAUCAAAGAAUUUACGUGAGCUAUGCCCGAAUCUCUAUAGGCAUGAGGAUGCUGUCACAUACAAGGCCACUGAACUGCUGAUGAGUGCUAAAAACUGCACGUCACCUGCAGAGAAGGAGCAAAAGCUCAGAACGACGUUGCAAAUGUGCAAGGAAGCGGCGCCCACAUUGCCGCUGCAUAGCAUUUGUCAACUUUUCAUAACCGUUGACUUUUUUGAAGGUGUAGUCGAAUUAGCAGCCAUCUGUGCAUCAAAGAGCGAUCCCGAAGAAGUUGGAAUUCACUUCUAUAACAACGACGAGCCAUCUGAAGACCGUGAAGGAUAUUCCUGCUAUGUCACUCGGAUGAACUAUUACAAAGAGGUGCAAUUUAUGCUAGAUCACGUCUACCAGGCGGCCAGCAAUAAUAAUUCUGUUCAGGAUCAAACUUCACCAUAUUAUCUCUGCAAUACCUCCGGAUCUAAAGCAGACACAAUGGAUGGCAAAUCAAAGCCAUCGAUUUCAAAAAUUGCUUCACAGACUCUCAAAAUAAAAGACCCUCUAAUCCAUGUGACUCUCUACGAAUGGCUUCUCGCUCAUGACAUGCUUGCUGAACUCUUGGAAGUGGUCGAGCCAACAUUGGGAGAGUUUUUGCGGCGAAGUGUGACACGUAGUCCGGAUAAUGUGAUUUUGAUUGAUUUGCUUUGGAAGUACUAUGAAAAGAAUGGAUACCAUUCCCAGGCAUCACAAAUUUUAGAUAAUUUGGCAAUGACACGCAGUGAAAAUAUAACUCUGGAACAACGAAUUGAGUAUCUGGUGCGGGCUGUCAUGUGCAUGCGUAAUGGAAAUGUUGGCUCCUCUGUAACCAAUGGAAUAUUCCUAAAGGAACUAGAAGACAAGCUGGAAAUAGCUCGAGUUCAAAAAGCGGUGCUUGUUGAUAUGACGGCGUUGGCCCAGAAAAGGCCAGACGCCACAGCGGCUGUUAAAGAAUUGAACUACGCGCUCUAUGAUAUCACACAAUUAUACCAGCAUUUUGCUGAGCCCUUUAAUCUGUGGGAGUGCCAAUUGUCAAUACUUAAUUGCUCCCAUCACAAUGAUCCCCUGCUUAUAGAGUCGGUGUGGGGUAACAUAAUCAGCAGCUUGGUAGAAGAGCCAGGAUCGACUCAGGACCGCACCAACCGGCUGUUCAGCAAAAUCGAGUUAUUAGUGCGUGAAUACAGUGAAUCGGGUGCUUGCUUCCCAUUCGCUUUCUUGAUAAGGGAAUUGGAAAUUAGAGCUUGUCAGCUGCGUAUGCCCGAGGGAACGGUCCCAGAAAAACUUGUAACCAUGAACCUCGACCUUGAGCUACUUCUAGAAUACUAUUCAAGGAUGAUUUCAAUGAAUGAACGUGUCUGGGCAAAUGAAGGCAACGAGUGGCACUUAAUCCAAUCCGCCAUUCGUGUGGUAUCUCUUUUGGCGGACAACGCGCAUGCCAUUUGGUACCGAUCAAAGAGACGCAUUAUUGGAAAGGCUCAGGACAUAGUGGCUGCCUGCUUGAAUAUAUGUUAUCAAAAGCCAGACACAAAUCGAUUGCAGCAGUGUCUUAAAGAGCUACAAUGCAGAUUGCAACGUCUGUUGGGUUAAUAAUAGAUUAUGAAUUUCUACCUAAACUGUUAAGAGGAAAAUAACGAAAAGUGCAUAGAUGUUAAGUUUGACUGAGAUAUAUAUUGUAUUUGUAUUAAAA